UUACACCCAUUUGUUCCUUGCCUGUACCCUGAUUGGACGUACGUUGUUGUCUGUGCGCGCUGCCAUUGGCUACAGGGAAGGGGAGGGAACCUCUCUGGGCCGUUGCGCUCAGCUUUCUGAUUUCAAACUUCUGAGGUGGUGACCGACUGAAGAGAAAAUACAUUGGCUUUUAUAGGGAAUAUUACUAUCGGCCAGCCGGCACUCUCCCGGCCAUGCUGAGAAUAUCUCCACCGGGGCCGGCGCCCAAAUCGCCCCCUGAUGAGCCUCCGCUCCUGUCUCUUACUCAUUUCUCCCGUGCGCCUUUCGUGAGUUUUGGGUGCGUUCGUCCUGGGUCGGUGUCUAGCGCCUGUCUGCUCCUGCACAACCCCAACCCGGAGCCGGCCAGUCUUGCUGUGUUUAAGCUGCCCAAGAACCGCGGCUUUAGUAUUGUGGAGACCGAGACUGUCAUACCGCCAUUAGAAACUAUCUCUCUGACUAUUACCUGGACCCCACUGGAGGAAGGAAAUGUACGAGAAAUCGUUACCUUCAUUGUAAAUGACGUUGUGAAGCAUCAAGCUGUGCUCCUUGGGUGUGCAGAGCUGCCAGUCAAGAAGAAGCGAAACACAUGGAGUACCAUAAGAAUGAAAAAUAAGCCAAUUGGACCAAAAAUUCCUGUUCGGAGGCAGAAAGAAGUGGAGGUGACUAGCAAAACCAGGAAGUUGAAUGUAACUAAAAAAGAUAAACAUGGCCAGCUAGAGAGCACGCGAAGCCCUUUGCAGUCCUGUGAAAAUCUUGCACGUUCGUUAUGCACUCCUUCACCAAUGAGGGAAAUUAGGCUUUCUACAGAAAACAGAGUACCUGCACUCACCAUCAGUCCUGUUGGGAAUGAACUGGAGCCAUUUGCUCCAGGAUCUCUUAAAAGAUCCAAAACCUACUCUGUUUUGUGCACAGUAGAGUAUAAUGAAUCCACAGAAGUUACAACCACAUCUAAAUAUUACACAGAUGUUCACGUUGAGGAAGAAUGGACUCUAAAUGCUCACAAACUAAAUAAACAGUCCAUGUCCCCAAUAAAUCCAAUGCACAGCCAGAAUCACAAUGUUACACUUACUCCAGACCUCAUGAUUGAAUCUGCUUUGAACUCUAUCAUCUCUCCCACUGCAUUUUGUAAUCAAGGCCCUGUACAAAUAGAUGCUUGUACUAGUGUUCAUACAGAAGAGGAAUUAACUCAGGAAAGAUUUAAUUUGGCAAGCUCCAAAAUGCCUUCUCCGGCAUCUCCCAUGGUGACACCGAAAAGGAAAUUCUUAAGUCCAAAUUCAUUUUUGAACAACAGUUUUGUUCCUGAUGAGUUUUUCAGUGCAGAUGAACACACGCCAAUCAUUUCACCAGAACAAUUUGUCAGAGAAAACGGUUUGACUUCACAAUCGGCAUCUUCAUUAAAUGGACCAAUGCUUUCGAAUUCAUGUCAGUUGGCAAAUCAAAAUCUCUCAACGUUAUCAAGCUCCUCUGCAAUUCAGGACGUUCAGAUUAGUGGCGGGCCUGUGGAACAGGAGCUUUCCAGCCCCAUAAUGGAGCCAGUACUGAACUCUAGGCUGACAUACUGUGUGAAAAAGACAAAACAAUUAAUUAAAUUUGCAGCCGAGCAUGACCAAAACCUUGUAGAAGAGCCAGAAAAGCCUUGUGUGCUUUCCGCAACUGUUACAAAACUAAAGGCUGAAGAUCGUAAAGAAAAACCAACAGGCCAACUGCCAAAAUCGAGGAGGAGACUUGACAAUACUACACCUGAACAUAAAGGCUCUGUGACUUCUAGUAACAUCGUAUUGCAAGACUUGCCAGUGAUAAGUGUGCCUUGUCUUAAUUAUCAUUCAAGUGCAGAAUCAUAUAAGCGUGCAUCUAAGUCUCUUGUCCUAAAUCGAAAGAGGAAAAGUGAGGAAUUUUUGGGUACAAAUAAGGAGACUGAGCUGGGUACCAUUCCACAAUUCAAGAAGACUCACCUCUCUAAACCUGAUUUUUCAAAUGCAAGCAAUAAGGAGAAAUUCAGCCAACGAAAACCACUUGUUACACAGCUACGGAUAUCAGAGAAGAACCUAAAGACUCAGAAUGCUGCUGCAAAAGGAAAACCUACCAUCUUAAAAGCUCAGUCAGAUUAUGUUGGACCGCCUAAACAGAAGGUGGCAGUUACUUUUAAAAACUCCAAACGUGUUGUAGCUAUUCCACAGUCAAAACUUGUUUUCACAAAGACUCCCAAAACAGUUAUUCCUCGACACCCAAUGCCAUUCGCUGCUAAAAAUAUGUUUUAUGAUGAACGCUGGAUGGCAAAGCAAGAGAGGGGAUUUACCUGGUGGUUAAACUUCAUACUCACCCCUGAUGACUUUGCUGUGACGAGAGAUUCCAGUAAAGUACAUGCUGCUACACUGAUCCUAGGGACAGAGAAUACCCACAAAGUUAGUGUUCCAAGAGCACCCACAAAGGAGGAGGUAUCGCUCAAAGCUUAUACAACUCGUUGCAAGCUAAAUAGACUGAGGCGAUCUGCUUGCCGUCUUUUCACUUCAGAGCCUGUUGUAAAAGCCAUUCUGAGGCUUGAGGUCGAGAUUGAAGCUCAGCGUCUACUUGUAAGGAGGGACAGACAUCUAUGGAAGGAUAUUGGUGAGCGACAGAAAAUACUAAACUGGCUUCUAUCCUAUAAUCCACUGUGGCUGCGCAUUGGCCUUGAGACUAUCUUUGGAGAGCUGAUUUCUCUGGAAAGCAACAGUGAUGUUACCGGCUUGGCUGUGUUCAUCUUAAAUCGCUUGCUGUGGAAUCCUGAUAUAGCAGCGGAGUACAGACACCCUUCUGUACCACAUCUUUACCGUGACGGCCAUGAAGAGGCUUUAUCCAAGUUUACACUGAAGAAGCUGUUGCUUCUUGUAUUCUUCCUUGACCAUGCCAAGCAAUCCAGGCUUAUUGAUCAUGACCCCUGUUUGUUUUGGAAAGAUGCUGAAUAUAAGACAAGUAAAGAUCUCUUGCUGUCGUUUUCUCGGGAUUUUCUGAGUGGAGAAGGGGAUCUGUCUCGGCACCUUGGCUAUCUCGGCCUACCAGUCAGCCACGUCCAAACUCCACUUGAUGAAUUUGACUUUGCCGUCACUAAUCUGGCAGUGGAUUUACAGUGUGGAGUGCGUUUGGUGAGAACAGUAGAACUUCUGGCACAGAACUGGAGCUUGUCAAAGAAACUUCGGGUUCCUGCAAUAAGCCGCUUGCAGAAGAUGCAUAAUGUGGAAGUGGCGCUUCAAGCCUUAAUGGAGCGGGGUGUUCCACUUAAAGAUGAGCGUGGUGCUUCCAUUACCUCUAAGGAUAUUGUAGACCGGCACCGGGAACGCACUCUGGCACUUCUAUGGAAAAUUGUAUUUGCUUUCCAGGUGGAUGUUUUACUCAGUACUAAACAACUCAAAGAAGAAAUACAGGUUCUAAAAGUGAGCUACAGCACACAAAAACAGCUGGCAGCCCUUCGCUCACUGUCAAAUCCAAUGACCAUACAGAAGAGGGAAAGUGACCCCUUUGAGCCUGAGAAAUAUAGCGAGAGAGUGUCUCUUCUCAUGGAGUGGGUUAAUGCAGUGUGCAGAUUUUACAGCACAAAAGUGCAAAAUUUCACUGUGUCCUUUUCAGAUGGGAGAGUGUUCUGUUACCUAGUAAAUCACUACCACCCUAGUUAUUUGCCUCUUAAUGCAGUAAGUCAGCGUACCACUCAAACUGUGGAAUGCUGCCAGAGUGGCACAGCAAUGCUUAAUUCUUCAUCUGAUUCUGACAACUCUCUGGAUGUGUGGCCCGGUGUAUUUGACCAAGGUGUUACAUCAUCUGCUUUAUAUAAAGAGUUGUUGGAAAAUGAGCAAACCAAUUUCAGCCUGGUACAUACAGCAGUGGCCGAUUUAGGUGGGAUUCCUGCAAUGGUUCAUCACUCUGAUAUGUCUAAUACCAUCCCCGAUGAGAAGAUUGUUAUCACUUUCCUCUCGUUUCUCUGCGCCCGACUUUUGGAUUUGCGGAAAGAAACUAGAGCAGCCCGUGUUAUUCAGACAUUUUGGAGAAACUACAGACUGAAAGUGGAGCAAAAGCUGCUGGAGAGCAAACACAAGGCUGCUUGUGUUAUCCAGCGUGCGGUGAUUAGAUUUCUCUCACGCUGCCGACUGCAGAUCAGAAGUUGCUCUGCCGUUGUCAUACAGAAAAACUUCCGGAGGUAUCUGGCGCAGAGACAGUUGAAAGAAUUAAAGGCUCUUAAACACAAGGAGCUUCAGACUAAAGCAACUGUAAUCAUUCAGAGAUUUUGGAGAGGAUAUUCAGCCCAGAGAAGAUUCAUUUUUCUACGGCACUAUGUUAUUCGCAUGCAAGCAAGAGUAAGGGCUAAGAGAGCGGAGUCAUCAUAUAAGCGGAUUCAGUGGGCUACAUUAACAUUGCAAAGCCACAUGCACUCCUGGUUGUUGGGUAAAAAGGAGCGGCAGAAAUAUCUCCAUAUGAAAUCUUCUAUUAUCAUCAUCCAACAUGCUUUUAAGAAAUGGAAAAGCGAAAAACAAAAAAGGCACACAGAAGCAGUUUUAAUAAUUCAAAAAUGUUAUAGAAGGUGGAAGGCAUGUAAGCUGAUAGCCCAGAACAUAGCUGCUGUCAAAAUUCAGUCUGUGUACCGUAUGCACAGGGAAAGGCAGAAAUUCCUUGAUACCAAGUGUAAAAUAAUAAGGAUCCAGUCUUGGUUCAGGUGCAAGAGGGAUCGGAAAGCCUUUUUAAUUCAGAGGAAAAAUGUAUUAACACUGCAGCAAUACUACAGAGCAUUCAAACAAGGAAGAUUGGACAGGAAGACGUUUUUGGAAAUGCGCUCUGCAGCAGUCUGUAUUCAGGCACACUACAGAGGUAUGAGAGUUAGACAGCUUUACCACAGGAUAAAAGCUGCUUGCAUUCUGCAGUCUUAUUGGAGAAUGAGGCAGCAAAAGAAGAUGUAUACUCAUAUGAAGCAACUUGUUGUUCUAUUGCAGUCAAAUGUCAGAAAAUAUCAGCAGGAGAAGCAGUUUAAGGGCAUUAAAAGUGCUGCUUGUGUGAUUCAGUCCUACUACAGAUCCCACAGGGCAACCAAACUGGCUGUCCAUAGGUUUAAGCAAAAGCGCAACGCAGCUACUGUAAUUCAGUCUGCUUUCAGAAGAAUGCAGGCCAGGAAAGCCAACUUACAAGUAAAAAGUGCAGUCAAAAUCCAAGCACUCUACCGUUCAUAUGUCACAAGAAGAAAGUUUGUAGAAAUGAAGGCAGCUUCUAUAAAGAUUCAGUCUGCUUUUAGAAUGAGACAGAGGAGAGUACGUUAUUGUGCUCUAAGAAAGGCAACACUGUUUGUCCAGCAGAAAUUCCGUGCAAAGAAACAAAUGCAAAAACAACAAGACACCUAUAUUAAAUUGCAGAUGGCUUGUGUUAAAGUGCAGGCUGCUGUGCGGGGAAAUUUUGUGAGAAAAGAAAUCCAGUCAUGGCAUAAAGCUGCAACAGUCUUGCAGGCUCAAUACAGAAUGUGGAGACAGAAGAAGCAGUACCUAUUGAUAUACAGAGCUGCUAUUAUUAUACAAGAGCAUUAUCGGGCUCACAAGAUGCAAGUUCACCAACGAGCAAAUUUUUUGUUAAUAAAACACUCUGCUAUAAUACUGCAAGCUGCCUAUAGAGGGUACACCUUGCGCAAAUCAAUUAUGAUUCAGAGAUUUGCAGCAAUACGCAUACAGACUGCUUUCAGAUCAUGCAGAAUCAGGGGCAACUAUCUGAGAAUUAAACAGUCUGUAGUGACAAUACAGAGGUGGUACAGGUGUAAGACCGCUGGAAGAAAAGAGAGAGAGAGAUUCUUAUGUAGCCAAAGAGCGAUUGUGACUAUACAAUCUGCCUACCGUGGUUGGGUCACUAGAAAACAGGUGAAGGUGUGGAACACAGCAGCAGUUUGUGUUCAGUCUGCAUUCAGGAGAUAUGCUGCUCAGAAAAAAAUAAGAACAAUGACGAAAGCUGCACUUAACAUACAGCAGCGCUACAGGGCUGUGCUUGCUAGCAGGCGAGAGCGAAAAAGAUAUCUUGAACUGUGUAUUGGUGUCAAAAAAAUACAGGCUUUGUGGAGGGGAAGGACUGUGAGAAAAGAUCUAGAGAGACAGCACAAGUCUGCUGCUCUUAUACAGUCCUAUUACAGAAUGCAUGUCUGUCAGAUAAAAUAUAGAGCUAUGAAACAGGCUUCGCUGCUAAUUCAGCGGUUGUACAGAGCCCAUAAAUUAGGGCAAUCUCAGCGAUACCUUUAUUUAAGUCUGAAGAAAUCUGCUACUGUCUUGCAAUCUGCCUAUAGAGGAUGGAAGGUCAGGAGACAAAUGCAAAAUUUACAUAACGCUGCCACCACUAUCCAGGCAGCCUUCCGCUCAUUCAUAUGUCAGAAACGAUACAAUGUGCUCACAACUGCCACAAUUACCAUACAGAGACAUUAUCGUGCAUUUUCACGUGGUAGGCUACAGAGAACCAAGUAUAUUAAUGUGAGGAAAUCUGUAAUUGUGUUGCAGUCUGCUUUCCGAAGUGCAUUGGUGAGAAAAAGCAUACUGAGGAUGCAUCAGUCAGCUGUUGUAGUCCAGAGGAAUUACAGAGCUUUAUUAACUGGAAGAAAGGUACGAAAGCAAUACCUGGAGCUGCACAAAGCAACCUGCUCACUGCAAGCUGCUUGGAGAGGUAGGACUGUGAGAAAAGAUAUAGAGAGGCAGCACAAGUCUGCUGCUCUUAUACAGUCCUAUUACAGAAUGCAUGUCUGUCAGAUAAAAUAUAGAGCUAUGAAACAGGCUUCGCUGCUAAUUCAGCAGUUUUACAGAGCCCAUAAAUUAGGACAAUCUCAGCGAUACCUUUAUUUAAGUCUGAAGAAAUCUGCUACUGUCUUGCAAUCUGCCUAUAGAGGAUGGAAGGUCAGGAGACAAAUGCAAAAUUUACAUAACGCUGCCACCACUAUCCAGGCAGCCUUCCGCUCAUUCAUAUGUCAGAAACGAUACAAUGUGCUCACAACUGCCACAAUUACCAUACAGAGACAUUAUCGUGCAUUUUCACGUGGUAGGCUACAGAGAACCAAGUAUAUUAAUGUGAGGAAAUCUGCAAUUGUGUUGCAGUCUGCUUUCCGAAGUGCAUUGGUGAGAAAAAGCAUACUGAGGAUGCAUCAAUCAGCUGUUGUAGUCCAGAGGAAUUACAGAGCUUUAUUAACUGGAAGAAAGGUACGAAAGCAAUACCUGGAGCUGCACAAAGCAACCUGCUCACUGCAAGCUGCUUGGAGAGGUAGGACUGUGAGAAAAGAUCUAGAGAGACAGCACAAUUCUGCUGCUCUGAUACAGUCCUAUUACAGAAUGCAUGUCUGUCAGAUAAAAUAUAGAGCAAUGAGACAGGCUUCGCUGCUAAUUCAGCGGUUUUACAGAGCCCAUAAAUUGGGACAAUCUCAGCGAUACCUUUAUUUGAGUCUGAAGAAAUCUGCUAUGGUCUUGCAAUCUGCCUAUAGAGGAUGGAAGGUCAGGAGACAAAUGCAAAAUUUACAUAACGCUGCCACCACUAUCCAGGCAGCCUUCCGCUCAUUCAUAUGUCAGAAACGAUACAAUCUGCUCACAACUGUCACAAUUACCAUUCAGAGACAUUAUCGUGCGUUUUCAUGUGGUAGGCUACAGAGAGCCAAGUAUAUUAAUGUGAGGAAAUCUGCAAUUGUGUUGCAGUCUGCUUUCCGAAGUGCAUUGGUGCAAAAAAGAAUAUGGAGGAUGCAUCAAUCAGCUGUUGUAGUCCAGAGGAAUUACAGAGCUUUAUUAACUGGAAGAAAGGUACGAAAGCAAUACCUGGAGCUGCACAAAGCAACCUGCACACUGCAAGCAGCUUGGAGAGGUAGAAAGGUCCGGAAAACCAUUAAAGAAAUAGAUAAGGCAGCAACCGUAAUCCAGUCACAAUAUCGAAUGAUCAGGCAGCGUCAUUGCUACAGAGAGCUUAGAGAAGCAGCCAAAGUGGUGCAGUUACGAUAUCGGGCUUCUAAAGAACGGGAUAGACACGCUCAUAAGUACAUAGCCAUGAGAAAUGCUGCUCUGUGUAUCCAGUCGGCCUUCCGAGGCAUGAAAGUGAGAAGGGAUCUCAAGGCCAAACACAUGGCAGGUGCCAUCAUACAAAGACAAUAUAAGUGCUUUUUGGAAAGAAGAAGAUUUGUCCAACUUAGGAAUGCUGUUAUAUUAACUCAGCAAAGUUUCAGAAUGAAAGUUCAUGCUGAGCAAAUAAGGCAAGAGUAUCUUAAACUUAAGACUGCUGUAGUUGUAUUACAAGCUGCUUUCAGAGGCUGGAAAGUAAGAGAGAAAAUGAAUCGCAUGCACUACUCUGCCACAAUCAUUCAAGCUGCCUUUAGAAUGCACAAAGCCAAGGAUUCCUAUCGCACCUUAAAGCAUGCAGCAAUUGUUCUACAACAAAAGUACAAGGCAAAUACUAUAGGCAAGUCUGAAAGGAAACAGUAUCUGAAGCAGCGACAGGCUGCAAUCACUAUUCAAGCAAACUUCCGUGGGAUGAAGGACCGGAAAAAAAUGACAUGCACAAUCGUGCACAAAGCUGCCUCCAAAAUCCAAGCCACAUUUAGAAUGCACCAGUGUAAAAGCCAAUAUAUUAAAAUUAAGUGGGCUGUGCAUGUUGUUCAGCAAAGGUUUAGAGCAAACAACCUGCGGGACUUUGCAAUAUUACAGUACCAUUUGAUAAAAAAGGCAGUUCUCUGCAUCCAGUCUUGUUAUAGAGGGUUUAAAGUAAGAAAAGAACUAGAGUUCCAGCACAGAAUGGCUACAAGAAUCCAGUCUGCCUAUAAGAUGUACAGGAGGAGAGUCCUAUAUAAAAAUAUGCAGUUGUCUGCAAGCCGUAUCCAGACUUGGUAUAGGUCUGUGGCAACAAGCAGGCAAGCACGUGCUGAAUUUCUUCAACUUCGUAAAGCAACGAUAUUGAUCCAAGCUGCGUGCCGAGGAAUGCUGGUCCGCAAGAACAUGAAAGCAAUGCACACUGCUGCAACCUGCAUCCAAUCUUUCUACAGAAUGUACAGGCAAAGGAAAUAUUUCACAAUAUAUUUGCAGGCUGUCUGUACUAUACAGCAAAGAUACAGAGCAAAGAUGGCUAGAGAUCAUUAUUUCCAUUCAUAUCAAAAGACUAGAAAAGCUGCAACUGUAAUACAGGCUGGGUUUCGGGGGAUGAAAUCUAGAAUGUUGAACCAGCAAAAGCAUCAAGCAGCUGCCACUAUGCAAAGGGCAUUUAAGUCAUUCAUGGAAAGAAAAAGCUAUUUGGAGCUUAGUCAGUACCGAGCUUUGGUUUCGGGCAAAGCUGAACGCCAGAAGUUCCUUGCUUACCAUAAUGCAGUUGUGUGUAUUCAGGCAGCCUACCGAGGCUUUAAAGAAAGAGAGAAACUGAAACUCCGACACAGAGCCGCAACACAAAUUCAGUCUCUGUUUAGGAUGCACAAGCUGCACAUUUCCUAUCUAGCCAAUAAACAAGCAGCUGUUGUAAUCCAGAGAUAUUACAGGAGAUACAGAAGUGCAAAGCUUGAGCGGAUGCAAUAUUUAAAGGUUUGUAAAGCAGCUAUUAUGGUUCAGGCCCUGUACAGAGGAAAGAGAGGCCGCAAAACGCUGAGAGACAUGCAUAAAGCCGCAACAGUAGUGCAGGCUUGUUAUCGAAUGCACAGGCAGAAAAAGUACUACCUUGCCUUACAACAAGCUGUGAGAACUACACAGAUUAGAUUUAAAGCAAACCGUGCAAAAGCAGAUGCUGUAAAGCAGUAUGCCACUGUCAGAAUAGCUGUAAAGACCAUACAGCCGGCAUUCCUUGCCAGAAAAGCUGCAGAAGAAACCGAAAUGGACUCUGCUGUAAUGAUCCAGGCUGAAUGGAAAAUGCACACAUUUAGGAGAGAGUUUGUUAAAAUGAAGGAAGCAGCUGUAGUUAUUCAAGCAGCAUUCAGAGGCUACAGAACCAGAAAGAUACUAAAAGUAAUGAAUGUAUCUGCUUGUCUCAUACAGCAAUGGUACAGGACUUGCUGCCUCACUCGACUUCAAAGAGCACACUAUUUAUCCAUAAGAAGUUCUGCUAUUACGAUUCAGUCUGCUUUCAGAGGAAUGCUUGCUCGGAAGGUGGCAAAAAAAGAGCAAGCUGCAAGAAAAGUACAGUCAUUCCUUGUCAUGACUCCCCAUCGCAGAAGAUUUCUGAGGCUCAGAGCAGCUGCAAUUGUGUUGCAGUCCAAUUACAGAAUGCAAAGGAUAAGGCACGCAUAUGAGAUACAGCGAGAGUCUGCACUGGUCUUGCAUUGUUGCUCUAAAGCCCCUUUUACUAUGAAAUCUCAGAAGGAAGCUGACCUGGAGAAUGAAACUCGCAUUGACUUGGAGACAGAUGGAAGACAGUUCAGUAGCAUGGAAAAUGCUGCUAUAAAAAUUCAGGCCCAGUGGCGUGGCUACAUUCAGAGAAGAAUGUUUUUGCGAUAUAAAUCCGCUGCCUUACUUCUACAACAAAGAUACCGUGCACACUGCUUCCAGAAAGCGCUGCACCUCCAGAUACUCCAGGUGACUGCCAUUACUCUACAGGAGCAGAAAGCCGCAACAGUCAUACAAGCAGCAUAUCGUGCCUUCAAGAUUCGUAACAACUUUGUCAGACUAAAACAGGCUGCGCUGACCAUUCAGAAGCACUUCCGAGCUUUAAGAACAGGAAGAUGUGAGAGGAUUCGCUACAUGCAGACUAGGAAUGCUGUGCUCAAUCUCCAAGCCUGUGCAAGGGGCUGGCUGGUCCGAAAAGAGAUUUCUGUACAGAAUCGAAGACGUCAUCUCAUGAGAAUCGCUUAUACUUUGCACCUUCAUCUCUGUGCUAUAAAAAUUCAGAGGCGAUUUAAAGCUCACCUUGCUCUUAAACAUGCAGGAAAACACAUUCGCAAAGUCAUCUUCAUACAGAGAUGGUACCGAGCUAAACUGCAAAGCAGAAACAGAAAAGCAGAUCUCCUCUACCACCAAAAGGUAGUAACUCUGCAACAUGCAAUUCGUGCUUGGUUACAGCGCAGAAACAAUGCGGCCUGUCGGAUCCAAAGAGGUGUAAGAGAAUUCCUGCAACGCAGACAUCAAGCCAGAGUGGUCAGUGGAAUUGUCAAAUUUCAGGCUCUGUGGAGGGGCUACAGCUGCAGGAAGGCUCAGGACACAAAGGCGGUACAAGUAUUACGGAAUCGCUUGCAAAGAGUCAGCCAGGAUGUUAAAGAGGAGAAUAAACUCUGCAACCGGACAGUGGUCGCACUCGACUAUCUCUUGUCUUUCAAACAACUUUCAUUCAUCAUUGCAGCUCUGCAGCAUCUCGAAGUUGCCACCAGGCUGUCGGCUGUGUGCUGUGAGAAUAUGGCUCAGAGUGGAGCUGUGAAAACCAUAUUUGUUCUGAUACGCAGCUGUAAUCGAAGCAUUCCCUGCAUGGAGGCCAUCAAACUGUCCGUCAUGGUCCUACUCAACCUCUCCAAGUAUGAGCGAACUGUGCAAGCUGUAUAUGAAGUGGAGAACUCAGUGGAUAUCCUGCUGGAUCUAAUGCAGAUAUUCCGAGAGAAAGCUGGGGAUAAAGUAUCCGACAAGGGAGGCAGCAUUUUUACCAAGACCUGUUGUCUAAUGGCCAUUUUUGCUCUUAAUUCUCAGAGGGCUAAGGAAAUCCGCACUAUUCCAAAAGCUAUGGAGCGAAUCCGCAGCAUUUACAAGUUGACUUGUCGAAAGCACAAGAUGGAUGCAGAGAGGAGUAUUUGUAGGCAGCGCAUGUCCACUGAUUCCAAUAUGUCUAUUCAAGCCACACCCGUGCGCACCAGAGUUGUGUCCAGAAUUAAGCCUGACUGGGUCCUGAGAAAAGACAACAUGAGAGAAAUUGUCGAUCCCCUCAAAGCAAUCCGGAUGGUGAUGGAGACCCUGGGGGUGCCCAGCUGACCAUACAAACUACACCAAUAACGAAGAGUUUAUAAACAACUUUUUUUGUUACUUGUUUAAAAAUAUUCUUUAGUUUUUACAAUAAUGCUGUUUUUAAUGAACAAGAAUAUUGUGAGUGUGUGAAUGAGAAAUGUCCCAGAAUUUGUACCAUUUGUAUUUAACCCUUAGAAAAUGAUUUCCUUGUAAAGAUGUUCCCCCGCCAGCCGACUACGCCAGUGUGUAAAUACUCCUCAUGUAAAUAGUCCUGGAAACAUGGUCGUGUCUGCUGAUCUUGUACAAUAAAGUACAAAGCUUGGAAUCUU